UCCUGGACUUGAAUGCCGAAGCCGGCAUUUUCAGCGUCAAGGGCACACGUCCGAAGAAGAAAAAAUCAAAGAAAGCAUCAGAAAAGCAGGAGGUGGUGGAGGGCAAUAAACCAAAGAAAAAGGGGGCUGAGAAGAUGGACAAAAAGGGCAAAUCUGCUGCCAUGGCACACUUGUUGGCACAAAAAGUUGAGCAGGAAAAGGCUGCUAAGGAAGCAUAUGCAUCUCAAGCUUUGAAAUCUUACAUUGAAGUUAGCAUUAAUGCAGAUGAGGUGCAAAAAGCUCAACAGGCUUUUGAAUACUACAGAGAAAAAAAUAAAACAAAAAAUCAGACCAACGAAUUGAAGAACAUUGAGAUUUACAAUUCACUGCUAUUUGGCUGGUCAAAAAAAGGUCGAUUGGAUAAAGUGAAAAAGGUCUUCUCUUUGAUGAUGGAGGAUGACAUGGCCCCCAACUUGCAGUCAUAUGUAGGAUAUUUGGAAUGUAUUGGACGCAGCAAGUUCAUAGAUUUUGAAGAAAUUCAAAAUGUUGUUAAUGAGAUGAAAACAAAAGGACUUUCUCCUCAAGAUAUUUUCAAAGAAUGCACUUUUGUUGAUGAACAAAAAGAGAAGGUCAUAGAGGUUCUAGGGUUUGUGGAUCCCAUGUUAUGUUUGCCUACGUAUAACAAAGGGGAAACUUACUCAUGUGAACUCUUAAACAGGCUGAAUGAACAAGACUACGGGAGGGGAGAGAAACAUUUUAACUUUUGUUUCAAGGAGGAAAAUAUCAAAGAAUUAUCUACACUUCAACUUCAAUCUGAAGAAUGCCACAGCUUGAGGAUUCACUCGGUGGAUGCUUUGUCUACUGUUGGUGAGAAAGUUCAGAAAUCAAGGAACUACUUAAAGGAAUGUGAAGAAACAUGGAGGAAAAAACUAACAAAUGCUUUAAAGAAUAUCAAAAAUCUGGAGAAAAAAUCCCAUGGUAUGUGCAUUCACAAACCAUCCAUUUACCCAUAUUUAGCCGUGAUUGAUACUGACAUCCUAGUGAAUUUAUUGUUACAGGAAAUAAGAAUGUUAGCUGAAACAGGAGAAUUUUUCAGUCCCAGCGUGAAAAUUUUAUACAAGGCAUUGGGAGUUAAAGUAAUGAAUCAUUACUUUAUCUGGCUGAACAGGAAGAAUAAAAUUACAGAAAAGACGUUGCUCAUUUAUCAAGAGUACCUCUCCUUUUUGCUCAACCCUGAACUGUUUUCCAAAUACACACCAAGAGAGUAUUGGGAAUAUCUGCUUCAUCAUCACAGCGAUGGACCUACGAUCGGCAUCUCAGAUGUUGCUUGGCCUCAAAGUGUGCUAACUUAUAUUGGAAGAUAUUUGUAUGACAUCCUGAGAUACAACAUAGCUUUCAAUGCCAAUGCGGUUCGUCAUAAGACCCCCAGCAAAGUUCUUAGUCAAGCCUUUUAUACUGUUUAUGAAGGACUGGAUGUUAAGCUUUCCAAGCAGAUUAGGGCCCAUUCUCUUCUUUGCAAACUGUACAGAGAUGCAAAACUGGAUCACCUGGAAUUCGACGUCAGUUUGGUUCCGAUGAUAUCCCCUCCAAAACCUUGGGUGAAACAUGAUUCUGGCGGAUUGCUGGUCACAUCCACUCUUUUCAUCAGAUAUCCAGGACAUGCCCAUCACCAAGUCACUUUUUAUUCAAAAGUUCCACCUAUGCAACUGAACCCUUGUUUUGAUUCCCUCAACAGUCUUUCACUCUGCCCGUGGAUUAUCAAUAAACCUGUUUUGGAUCUUGUGAUUGAAAUUUUCAGGGCCGGUGGCAGUGAAGAAUUAGAUAUUCCCCUCAAUCCGUCAUCUUUUCCAAAUGCUCCAAAAUUCCAUCCAGACAUGACAAAGAAAGAAAAAAAUGUGGUACGGAAACGAAAACUGGAAUUAAAGAAAAUGAAAGGAGAAACGACCAGCUUAUGGUUUGACUGCUUGUAUAAACUGAGCAUAGCCAAUCAUUUUCGAGACAAAGUAUUCUGGUUCCCUCACAACUUGGACUUCCGUGGCCGCGUCUAUCCGACUCCCCCUCAUUUUAAUCAUUUAGGUAAUGAUAUGGCUAGAAGUAUUUUAUUGUUUGCUGAUGGACAGCCUCUCGGACAAAAAGGGUUGGAUUGGCUGAAAGUCCAUUUGAUUAACCUAACUGGUUUCAAGAAGAGAGAUACCCAUGAAGAAAGACUGAAGUUUGCAAAUGAGAUAUUGCCGGAGAUUCUAGAUUCUGCCGAUCGUCCCUUUCAGGGCAAUCAGUGGUGGAAGACAUCUGACAAGCCCUGGCAGACCCUCGCCUGUUGCAAGGAAGUUGCCAAGGCAGUCCGACACCCGAAUCCAGAGGAAUACAUCUCUCACUUCCCGAUCCACCAGGACGGGUCCUGUAAUGGCCUACAGCAUUACGCAGCCUUGGGUCGGGACCAUUUGGGGGCCAUAGAAGUCAACCUGCAUCCCUCUGAUCGCCCACAGGAUGUAUACAGUGGGGUUGCGGCGCUGGUCGAAAAAGAACGUCAGAAAGAUGCAGAGAAUGGUCUUGAAAUUGCUCAGUGUCUGGAAGGGUUUGUGAAGAGAAAGGUUGUGAAGCAGACGGUCAUGACCUUUGUUUAUGGAGUCACGACCUAUGGAGCCAAGCUCCAGAUACUGAAGCAAUUAAAGGAUAUUCCCGAUUUUCCCGAGAGAUAUCACCACGAAGGCGCUUCAUAUCUGAUGAGGAAAACAUUCCUCAGUAUUCGAGAAAUGUUUACAGCUACCAAACAGAUACAAGACUGGCUCACCGACUGUGCAGAGCAGAUCACGAGAGUUUCUGGUGACACCUUGGAGUGGGUCACCCCUCUGGGUUUCCCUGUGGUGCAGCCAUACCACAAGGAGACUUCGGUGAGGAGCUCCAAGUACUGCAUUUCACUGGGACAAGAACCACUGACUGCUUACGAUAGCAGAUAUGAGCCUUAUCAACUGCCAAAUAUAAGGAAGCAGAAGAAUGCUUUUGCUCCCAACUUCAUCCAUUCACUUGAUUCUAGUCACAUGAUGUUAACAUCAUUGUUUUGCCAAAGGAAUGGGGUUUUGUUUGUUUCUGUCCAUGACUGUUAUUGGACCCAUGCUUCUGUUGUAGAAAUUAUGAAUAAGAUUUGCAGAGAACAGUUUGUGUCUCUCCAUAAGCAAGCUAUAUUGGAAAACUUGUCAGCCUUUUUUCUUGAAAGAUACGCCAGUGUUGCUGAUGAGAAUAUACAAAGCAAUAAGAACAAAGAAAAAUCUGCUAGAUUGAAAUUGAGAGACGUGUUAACUAAAGUUCCUGAAAAAGGUACAUUUGAGCUGGAUAAGGUUCUGGAAUCUGUUUAUUUCUUCAGCUGAAGAUGGAUCUCACAUCAUUAUUGACCCUGCUUUUGAGCAUGUUGUGAUAUAAGUACCUGUGUCUUCAUGUAUAUAUGUAC